AUGUUCGACCCCGUGCGCAAGGGCUACAAGCAGCGCGCUUACACGGAGGAUGGGCGCCAACUCGUCGUCGAGACGCUCGCCGUGAGACCGAAACUCUUCCUCAUCGAGGACUUUUGCUCCGCCGCGGAGGCCGACGCGUUGGUCGCCGCGUCCGCCGGACUCCUCGAGCCGUCGGGCACGCUGCGGAACGAGGGCGUCAUCCGCGUCAGCGAGCACGCCUGGCUCGACCACGCGAAGGCGGGCGACGCGGCCUUCGAUCUGUCGCGGCGAGUGGCCGCCGUCGCUCGCCUCCCUCCUUCGAUGGUCCACGGGUCCGAGCCGGUGCAGACCGCGCGCUACGAGCCCGGCGGCCACUACUACCUGCACCUGGACACGGGGCGCAACCACGGCGUCGGACGCUACCUCACGUUGACGUUGUACUUGAACGACGUCGACGCCGGCGGCGAGACGUCGUUCCCGCUGGCGGACGACGGCUCUGUGAGCUUCACCGACGGCGACGCCGAGGAGGACGACGUCGCGACGAUGCCGAUGGGCUGGCGCGACGGCGACCCCGCGGCGCCGGACGGCGAGCCCUGGGAUCUCUCUCGGGAAGCGAGCUGCCGGAGGAACGUGUGGGUGAGACCGAGGAAGGGCCGCGCCGUGCUCUGGUACAACCACGAGCCGAUCUCGAAUCCCGACCCGGCGAAGUGGACGGAGCUCGGGCCCCUGGACCGCUACGCUUUGCACGGCGGCUGCGACGUGCGCGCGCCGGACACGAAGUGGAUCGCCACGGUCUGGAUCAACCCGCCGGGCUGGGCGCCCGGCAGCCUCACGAAGGCGCGGAAGAAGCGGCGCGUCGCGACGGCGAGCGGCGCGCGCGGCGCGUCCCGCGCGAGCUUCCGGAGGGAGCACCGGUAA